AUGGAGAUUAGCCAUGAGAGUCUGCUUCACCUACGGUUUGCCAGGUCGUGCUACCGCGGAAUGCUCUCAUGGUCAUGGUCAUGGGCAUGGGCAUGGGCAUGGGCAUGGGCAUGGGUGGUGAUGGCGAUCCUUUCAGCCACGCCUUCAUCUGGAGCUCGUCAACUGCCAGGAACAAGCGAGUCUGACUCUGAGCACCCAGAUCCGGCGUGGAAGACGGCAGCCCUGGUCGUGGGAGCGCUGGCGUUGACCACCGUGGUUGGAGUAGGAGCGUCCUUGCAAUCUUUCUUGGGGCUUAAAGUGCGGGCAGAUCGUACUAAAUCCAGGGGCAGAGCAGCCGCUGGAGCGGAUCGAUCAGCCGCUGGAGGCAGACAGUCCGCCCAUGACCAUGACAAGAAAGAAGAGCUAGAUGUUUACCAGCUGCCUACAGAAUUGCAUCUCCCCCAAAAGAAAGGCUCCCUUUUCUCCUUCUUGUGGACAAGCUUUCCUUGGAGGCGCAGUGGUAACGGCGCGGUCCAUUGGCUGGGGCGGGGCGUGCUAACAAGUCCGGUACGACUGGAGCUCCGGCAGGCACCUAAUCGUCGUCGGCUGGCUGGCCGCCAGGAAACCACCGUAUGGGAGUAUGAGUACGACAUGCUGGCGGCGGCUACGAGUAAUUUCCACAAGAAGAUGAAGCUCGGGCCAGGCCAAGGCAGGUCCGGGAUGGUGUUCAAAGGCACCCUGCUGGGGAAUGAUGGUCUGGAUAGGCUCGUGGCCAUCAAGAGGUUCCACAACACCCUCACAGAGCAGAGCAGCAAGCACGUCCACCGGGAUCUCGGACGCCACUUCCUCCAGCACAGGAACAUCGUCCGCUUGCUUGGGUAUUGCUUGAGAAAAGGGAAGCUUUACCUGGUGUACGACUACAUGCUCAAUGGCAGCCUGGACCGGCACCUCUUGGAUGCAACAGGGAGCUCACCGGCUCUAACAUGGGCUCGCCGCUCUAAAAUCAUCAGAGGUGUCGCCCUCGGCCUGAACCACCUCCACAGUAACAAGUAUGUCCAUGGAUCCGUCAAGGCCUCCAAUGUCAUGUUGGAGAAAGACCUCACGGCGCGGCUCGGCGACCUGGCCUACUCCAGGAUGGAGCCUUCCAAGCCCCUCAGGAACUGCCAAGCCUAUAUAGCUCCAGAGUGCGCCGGCAUCCCCAACCCCAACCCCACCACCGAGCUGGACGUCUUCUACUUCGGCGCGCUGGUGCUCGAGGUCGUCUGCGGCCGCCGCUCUUGCCGCGGCGCCGGUGACAUCAUGGACGGGGAUACUAGCUUCAGAUUCCUCGCGGACUGGGUGUGGGCACUUCACGGGAAAGGGCGCAUCCUCGACGCGGUUGAUCCAUCUUUGCAGAGCACGGGCACGGCAGAUGGUGAGCUGCAGCAGGACGAGGAGGCCAAGAAGCUCCUGCUCAUCGCCCUCGCGUGCAGCCACCCGGACCCCAAACAGCGGCUCAAGAUGGGUGACGUCGUGGAGAUGCUGCAGUCGGGCACCUCAUCGCCGCCAACUGUGCCGCCGUUGAAGCCGGAAUAUCAGCACGCACCGGCGGAAUCUCGCAUUACGGUGGGCUGA